GAGCCAUCGGUUGGCCUUGACGGGAAGCAGUCCGAGCGGCCUGAUGUUCCUGAAGUCCCCGACUUUGAAGACAAGGCCGAGGAGGCUGAGCAGAAGGUUGAGGACAAGACCAUCCUCAACGAUGGGCCAGACAACCAGGAGGAUGCAGAAGAGCUCAAAACUCUGAUGAAGGCCGCA